UACAGUACAGACUGUGGCUAUUGUAGUCCACCGAGGAAAAUACUGAGUUUACAAUGAAAAAUACUUUGGCUUGCUAUAGCAAGCUUAAUUUAAAAUGCUAAGUAUGUAUUGAUGCCAGCUUCCUUGCCUUUGAGUAGCGUCCCGUUUAAAAGCCAGUUUAUUAGAAUGGAUAAUACUGUAGUAGGAGAGGUGGCAGCGUCUUUGGUCAGAGAAUUCCUGAGCAGAAAGGGUUUAAAGAACACUAUUGCUAUUAUGGAUGAAGAAUAUCCUCGUUCUGUAAACAGCAUCAAUAACAGAAAUGAAUUGAAAAGGGUGCUUAACCUUGAACAUCUAUGUAAACUGAACAAGGCCCAAGUGAAUCCUCUGAAGACAAUGCUUGAGUUAAUAACAAAGUAUUUCAUGGACUUUGGAGAAAAUGAAAACAAUGCGUUGAAUGAAGGAGUUCCUUUGUCUUUAGCCCUGAAACAGCAAACUAAAGCUCUGAAGCCUAGAUCCUCAGCAGUAGGUACUCUGAACAUACUCGACAUAUCUGAUGAUGAAAAAGGUGGAAGCACAGCAGUAUCUGAUCUCAGAAGGGAUGUUAUCAGCAGUGAUUUUGAACAUGAGCCUUACAAAACUCCUGCUGUAAAAGUGCAUCAAAUGAAGAAGAAGGAAUCUGAAAUGUUAAAGAUAAUUAAAAAUACAUUAGAAGAUAACGUAGCACAAAGUAGCGGCUUUUCUGAAAAUAUGGGCAAUAUUGUAAAACUGGAUGGCACAUCCCCUGUUGAAACCAAAAACUUGGUUUCUGAAACUCAAAGGGUUAAAUCUAGCCGACUCAUUCGAGGACUGAUGACUGGACCAGUAGCAAGCUCCCAUGAGGACUUCAGCAAAAAGCGUUUUUCUAGAAGGCAAACUAUGGGAACAAGUACCACACCUCAUUUGAAUGAGAAUGAGCAACGGAAAAUUUCAUUUAGAGGUGUAGCAGGCUUUGAACAAGAUAUUGCAGCAAGUGGAGAAUUAGUCACUUCUGCUGUGACUACCCAAAGUGCUUUAAAAAUGGGUCAAGACUUUUCAGCAAAAAUGUGGACAGACCUGAUAGCAUCUCUUUCUGAUUCUUCAUUGAAUAUAAAUAAUGUUUCUGAAUCCACAAAGGAUCUAUCUGCAAAUAAACUUUGUGAGAAGGAAAAAGCCAGGGCUCAAAAUUCUAAAGAUAAAACUUUACUUGACCUAACAGCCAAGGAUGAAAGCAAUAAGAACUCUAGGCUGCAGUUCCUUGAACAGAACUUGAGAAGUAAACAUGAAAGAAACCCAAGAGUUGUGAAAAGUAGUGACGAUAGAGCUAGCUGCAGGCAGUCCUUUAGGAUAUAUAAUGGUGCAACCGAUCCUGCUGCAAAAGAUUUGCAAUUAGAUGAUGUUGGUCCAGAAGAGAUGACUGAAAAGUUUAUCAGAAAUCCAGUCUUAUCGUUGCCAGCCAAGAUUCAUGUAGACUCCAGCCCACUUGACCUCCGACUUGCAGUGGAUGUAAAAAAUCUCCUCUUUGGAUCGAGUCGUGGAUGCUUUAAUGAAGAGUGGAAAAUUCAGAAUUUUAAAUUCGGUGAAGUUCCUCAUUUAAAAUAUGGCAUUGUGCAGAAAAAGGGUGGGCCUUGUGGCAUUUUGGCAGCAGUUCAAGCUUGUUUUCUACAAAAACUUUUGUUUGAAGAAAAUGGAAACAGUAAAGGGUCACAGCAUCUUCAACCAACCCCUACUCAAAGAACUAGUUGCCUUGUCAUGUGCCUUGCCGACAUCUUAUGGCGUGCUGGAGACAAGAAAAAAGCAGUUGUUGCUCUGUCUUCAGGAAAGCAACAGUUUAUUCCUGCAGGAAGAUACAAAGCUGACGGCAUCUUGGAAAUGCUGAUGUUGAACACUGUGAGCUGCUUUGAUGAUUUGCAAGUUCUUCUUGGGAGAAGUAUUUUCCAGUUUGAAACAGGCCCUUUUGGAUGCAUUCUUUUUCUGCUGUCUGCUGUUUUUUCAAGAUCUGUAGAACUAGUGAGAGCUGACUUUGAUGUACCUGAUGCUUGUUUGAUUGGUGCUCAUGGAUACUGCACACAGGAACUUGUAAACUUACUGUUGACAGGCAGAGCCAUGUCAAAUGUUUUCAAUGAUAAUGUAGAGCUGGAUUCUGGAAAUGGAAAUAUAACACUUUUAAAAGGAAUUCCUUGCCGCAGUAAUAUUGGAUUACUGUCACUUUUUGAGCACUACAAAGCAUGCCAGGUUGGUUCUUAUAUGAAGACCCCCAAAUACCCAAUCUGGGUGAUUUGCAGUGAAAGUCACUUCAGUGUUUUAUUCUGUUUACGGAAAGACUUGCUGAAUGACUGGAAAAUUGAGAGAAAAUUUGAUCUGUAUUACUAUGAUGGCCUGGCUAAUCAGCAAGAGGAAAUUCGUCUUACAGUUGAUACAACGCAGACGUGUAUUACUGACAAAGAAAAUGACUUGACUCCACCACUGGAGCAGUGUAUCAGAACAAAGUGGAAAGGAGCAGCUAUUGACUGGAAUGGAACAGAACCAAUACUUUAACUUAAAUGACUUUUUCCAGUGAGAUGUUUUCAACUUUGUUACCUGUUGGCACAAUCUAUAAGAACUGUAUAGGCUCAACGCUUGUUGCCUGGGAUACUUGAUGUUCUACAGUUAGAUCAUUCAUCGUUGCAUCACCACACCAUCACAGAAAAGCCUGGAACAUAAUAUUUUAUAAUUAAGUUGGAUUUAGUGCCUGUAUAUAUUUUCAACUGUGUUUUAUGUCGUACGUGUAAUUAUCAUGGGUUUUGAUCCAUAGGGUUUGUUUGCAAAAUUUUAAACUGUGUUUUUAAUGUCUGUGACUUGCAUAUUCAAGGGUAUGAUCAUUCAGUGUCCUUCUCUCUCUCU